ACAACCGAGCUUAGCACAGGGGUAAUAGCUAGAGCAGUCAUUUAGCCAGGAAACCAAAGAUCAUCAACAGCUAGUCCUAGCUAUGUUCCCUUCAUUGUGCACAAGAAGGCGAUGUUUAAUGCCAAUAGCGUCGUUGCUGAGCCUUGCCGCAGCAACGACUUUGCUGAUCAUGCCCGUCGUAGCUGUAGCCGCCGAAGAAGAUGAAGCUGCUUGGCCGAUCGCGCUCCCUGGCUGCCCGGACAAGUGCGGCAACAUCAGCAUCCCCUACCCCUUCGGCACCAAGGAGGGCUGCUACUUCGGCGCAGGCUUCUACAUCCACUGCAACCUCUCCUACACGCCGCCGUCAGCCACCGUCGGCGGCGUCAUCAUGAAGAACGGGAGCGGCUACUACCUAGAGAACCAAGGCGGCGACCUACCCGGUAUCAGAACCGACGACGGCCGCCGGUUUACUUGGAUCCUUGACCUCGUCGACAUUGAUGUCGCAGAGGGUGUGGCGCGGGUCAACGGGCCUGUCAGCUACGACUGCAACGUGAACGAGACCUACCACUCCAUUAGCGUCUUCGUCGUCAGCGUCAAGCUCUCGCCGGCGUUCCUCCUGUCGACGACGAGGAACGCCCUGGUGGGCGUCGGUCAGAGCGUGGAGGCCCGUUUGUCCGGCCAGAUUGGCAGCACCGCCGCCAACUACUCUGCAACAUGCAAGUCGCUGAUCGACGCGCCGUCGGUAGCGCAAAACGGGACAUGCUUGGGGCUCGGCUGCUGCAGCGCGGAAAUGCCGCCGGGGACCGACAUGUUUACCGUCAGCAUGGAACACCAGAACAACACUGGGUGGAAGACCACCCCAUGCAGAUACGCCAUGGUGGUGGACAAGUCCUGGUACAGCUUCUCUGCAGGGGAUCUGUACGGCCACGAACUUUUCGACAGGACGACGGCCUCCGAUGGCGUCCCGCUCGUCCUCGACUUCGCCAUCAGGAAUGAGUCGUGCCUGCUGGCCGGAGGACGGCUGCCUGCAGCAUGCCGGAGCGGCAACAGCGUGUGCGUCAACGCCACCCAUGGCAUUGGGUAUCUCUGCAAGUGCAAAGAUGGUUACGAAGGAAACCCUUACUUACCCGAUGGAUGCCGAGACAUUGAUGAGUGUGUGCUUCGAGAUGCACGCCUUGAUCUACGAGAUACAUAUCCUUGCUCUGGGAUCUGCAAGAAUACAAUAGGAGGCUACGAUUGUCAAUGUGAACUUGGAAUGAGAGGUGAUGCAAAGAAUGGAACAUGCAAAAUUGUGUUUCCCCUAACAGCAAUGGUGGUUACAUUCGGUAUAAUCGGUGUUGCAUCUGCAUUGUCUAUUUUAGUAUUGUUCAAGCUUUUGCUGGAGGAGAAAAGGAAGACAAGAGAGUUUUUCAAUAAAAAUGGGGGUCCUACACUAGAAAAGGUUAACACCAUCAAGAUAUUCAAAAAAGAGGAGCUUAAGCCAAUCAUACAAUCUCAGAAUGUUAUUGGAAAAGGUGGUUUUGGGCAGGUUUACAAAGGCCUUCUUGAUAAUCAGGUGGUUGCAAUUAAGAAAUCAAUUAAUGUAGACAAGUCACAAGAGAAGCAAUUUGCAAAUGAAAUCGUCAUCCAAUCACGAGUUAUCCACAAGAAUAUUGUAAAGCUCAUUGGUUGUUGCCUGGAGGUUGAUGUCCCAAUGCUGGUUUAUGAGUUUGUUCCAAAGGGUAGCCUUGAUGACAUUUUGCACAGCAGUCCCAAGGUGAGCCUCCGUCUAGACAUUCGUCUAAAUAUAGCGGCAGGAGCAGCAGAAGGUUUGGCAUAUAUGCAUUCAAAAACCUCUACUACUAUUUUGCACGGUGACAUCAAACCUGGCAACAUACUUUUGGAUGAAAACUUUGAUCCAAAAAUCUCUGAUUUUGGAAUCUCAAGGCUUAUAGCAAUAGACAAAUCACAUACUAAAUAUGUGAUAGGUGACAUGGGUUAUGUUGACCCAAUAUAUAUCCAGUCAGGCUUGUUAACAAAGCAGAGUGAUGUAUACAGUUUCGGAAUUGUGCUGUUAGAGCUCUUGGCCAGGAAAAAGGCAGCUUUGGGUGAAAACAGUAGUCUAAUUAAAACUUUUCUUGACGCAUAUACACAAGAGAAUGGGGCCAUUGAUUUAUUUGAUGCAGAAAUUAUAGCAGACAAAGAUAUGGAAAUACUUCAUAAGCUUUCCAUGAUUAUCUCAGAAUGCCUAAAGCUUGAAGUAGACAAGAGGCCAGAGAUGACAGAUGUAGAAGCACAACUUCAAAACCUGAAGAAAGCUUACAAAGCAUAACACAUGGCGCUUGCAACCGUAGCGAUGUCAAAAUGGCCUGUAUCCGGCCUAAAUAUUGUGGUUCCUUUAUUGUGUGUCGUUCAUGUAGGCACUCACGAGGAACAUUUCUGCUCUGGAUCUUCGCUUUGGUUUGUUGCUCACAGCACAGCUGCGUAUGUUAUUAUCCACGCUCCUUGUACUUAAAUGCUGAAUAUUUGUUACUACCAUAAUACUGCCUUUGUUUAAAAAUGGAGUAUUCCAAUUUCAAAAGUGCAACACAUUAUAUUCAUGUAU